AUGGAUUUCUCAAGCUUAUUAUCCAAAGAAAUCGAGAAGAAAAGGAAGCUAGCUGGUGAAACGAAGAAGAACAAAAAGAUCAGAGCCGAGGAUGACGUGAAGGACACAGAGACUGAUACACUUCGGACAGCUGCUACUAGUGAGAAAAUCACAUCGGACGAGAAUAGUAGACAGGUAUACACGCCCGAGGAAACGGUAUUGAUCAAUUCAAUCUCAGAUGAACAACUCGACUCUAAAUUAGAGCAGUUGGAUGAGAGCUGCGAUGCAGAUAGUACCAAGCUUGACAAGAUCAAAAAACUAGAAGUGCUUCUUCGUCUCCAGAAGAAGAACGAGGUAUAUAGGAUACAGCUCGAAAAAGAAGCAGAGACAGAUAGAGACAUAAGGUUGGAGGAUAUCACCAGCGUCGAUGCUAGAGACAAGUUACAUACGCAAGUGCGUAUGUAUAUCAAAUACAUGGUGAAGGAAUGGGAGAACGAUGUGCAGAUGAAGAGGGUGAGCUUCUCAAACAUAGAAAGUGACGAGGAACGGGAAGAAGAGCAAAUUUCAGUGGCUACACAGUCGACGAUGCUCUUGGACACGAAGAAAGACUUGGUGAGACUACUCUACAAGCUCCGCACGCAAAAGCUUACUGACUCGAUGCUGACGUCUCUCUGCACCAUAAUGUACUACUUACAGAACCGUGACUACCGGCGAGCCAACGAGAGUUACAUGAAGCUCAGUAUUGGUAAUGUGGCGUGGCCUAUUGGGGUCAAAGGCGUAGGAAUACACGAAAGAAGUGCUGCCCUGAAAAUCACCGGUGAAAACAAGCAAAAUUCGGCAAAUAUCAUGCUUGACGAUAAAACAAGACGGUGGAUCACAGCCGUCAAGCGAUUAAUCUCGUUUGCUGAACGAAAGUGGCCUACAUAG